ACCAAGUAUGGAUUACAUUCAUCCGCGGGUCACUUUCAAAGGACUUUCAUUGAAUAGAGAAACAUCUAGGCCUCUUGAUAAUUUCAAGUGGAACAAUUUAAAACGCAAAUCGCUUAUUUAUUUGAUUUGAUUAUAACGAUGCAUUUAAUUAUUUUCAAGCUCGUCAAGGAUUUCAGAAACUGCGAUGUAAAGGAAAUAAGGUAAAAAAUGUAACCCAUAUUGACAACACUAUCGAGUAGCUGUACUGCAAUAUUCAUAACAGUGAAGCUGGAAAAUGUUACUGAACGUUAGGUGUGAAUUGUGAAGGUGCAAAAGGGCACCUGGAUUGAUGACUGCAGGCAUUAAGUAGCUCUCCAGGGUGCUGAAGUUGAAUCUCUCAACGCCACUGACGAGCCUCAUCAAACUCUUGUUUGUGAGCUGAGAUCUUCUCAACAUUUGUUUAUGCCCACGGCGCGACUGAUGCUGGAAAACCGUCGUGAAAGAUGACCGUCUAACCAUAUGAAGGAUAUAAAUCUACGUUAUUAAAGAAAACACUGGAGGAAAGAGGUAAAACUUUGUGGAGAUGUUUUCAUGCAUCAAGAGGCCCAUAUAAAUAAUGGUGUCUCUUUGCAACAUCCAUCUCUCAUAACGGCUUCUGACGGAGGACAAUGCAACAUAUUCACCUCCCAUUCGGAGGUGCUUUAUGGGAGCUAUCCAAUUACCCCUGCUGCCCCGUCCUCCGGAGCAGACACAGCCUCUCUACGCUCCCAUUUUACAGCAUCACACUAUGGAUUAUUCUUGGUGUUUUGACGUUUCCAUGCUGUGUCCAAUGCCUGAUUUUCAAAGUAGGCGUCCUGGGGCCUUGGAACUGUGACCCUUAUUAUGCGAAAUCACUUCCUGCCAUUGCGUCCAGACUGGCUGUUGGCCGCAUAAACGAGGAUUUUAGUUUAGACCUGGGCUGUACGAUGGACUUCGUCAUCCUUCAAGAGGCUUGCGAGACAUCCAAAGCCUUGACCUCAUUUGUACAGUAUGAGAACGCGGUUGAUGCGUUUGUAGGCCCUACAAAUCCAGGAUACUGCAAUGCUGCGGCGCUCAUGGGCAAGAAUUGGGACAAGUCUUUGUUUUCAUGGGCGUGCAUUAACUAUGAGUUAGACUGGGUCCAGGGCUACCCAACAUUUGCUCGAACUUUACCAUCCCCGACACGGGUGCUCUUCAGUGUGCUUAGAUUUUUCAGCUUGGCUAACAUUGCCAUCGUGUCUUCUAAUGAGGAUAUAUGGAUUGACACCGCUGCCAAAUUGGCUAGUGCUCUCAGAAACCAGGGGCUUCCUGUUGGCAUCGUUGUGUCCAUGGGGAAUAAUGACACCAUGCUGGAGAACACAUUGCUGAGCAUACGAAACGCAGGGGAGAUCAAAGUCAUCAUUAUGUGCAUGCACUCAGCGCUCAUUGGAGGAGUGCAACAAACGUCAUUCCUUAUCAAGGCCUAUGACAUGGGAUUGACGAGGGGUCAGUAUGUGUUUAUACCAUACGACACCCUCCUGUACAGCCUGCCCUACACCAACACCACCUACUUCCCACUGCAAAACAACACCAAACUGCGCAAAGCCUACGACGCUGUACUCACCAUCACCGUAGAGUCAGACCUGAUGUCAUUCAACGAAGCGUACAACAUGGCCAAACGAUUCGGAGAACUGAUGCUGUCACAAGAGCCAGAGCAGGUCUCUCCGCUCUUUGGUACAAUCUACAACAGUUUGUACCUCCUUGCCAAGUCCAUGCACAACGCCAGAAGAACUGGUAAGUGGUUCUCCGGGUCCAACCUGGCCUCCUUCACGAGGAACAUCACAUUUUCAGGGUUCAACCAGAACAUCCGCAUGGACGCCCAAGGGAACGGGCAGACCGACUACGUGAUCUUAGACACUGAUGGCUGGGGAUCUGAACUGUAUCGUUGCUUUUAUGUGAACCUGACUUUAGAUAAGGUGCUGUUCGCCGGCACGUACAUUCAUUUCCCUGCAGCUUCACCUCCACCUUCAGACUCCAGCUGCUGGUUUGACCCCAAUGCCAUCUGCGCAGGAGGUACAACAAACCCACACAAAAUCAUGCUCAAUGAGAAACAGAUAUUUGACUUUGCUGCCGAAAUACAAUUGGAAAUAUUACUUGGUAUUUUAUCUUCGGACUGGAUGUUUAAAUCCUCUUUGGUGCUGGAUCUCAUUAAGGGCAUGAAAUAUCUUCACCACAGGGAAUUUCCUCAUGGGCGCCUGAAGUCUCAUAAUUGUGUAGUAGAUGGACGUUUUGUCUUAAAGAUCACUGAUUAUGGAUACAAUGAGAUUCUUGAGACCCAGAAAGCUCCAAAGGAGACCCCACCUCCAGAGGAUCUAUUCUGGACAGCUCCUGAACUUAUCAGAGACCAUGAAAGUCCCCGGAAAGGAACUUAUAAAGGAGAUGUGUACAGUUUUUCGAUUAUACUUCAAGAAGUGGUGGUUAGAGGAGCGCCGUACUGCAUGCUCGGCUUGUCUCCUGAAGAGAUAAUAAGGAAGGUGAAGAAACCUCCGCCUAUGUGCAGGCCCACUGUUGCUCCAGAUCAAGCUCCACUGGAAUGCAUCCAGUUAAUGAAGCAGUGCUGGACUGAACAGCCUGAUAGAAGGCCUCCUUUUGAUCAGAUCUUUGAUCAGUUCAAGCUCAUCAACAAGGGCAAAAAGACCAAUAUUAUUGACUCCAUGCUGCGUAUGCUGGAGCAGUACUCCUCUAACCUGGAGGACCUGAUCAGGGAAAGAACAGAGGAGCUGGAGGUAGAGAAACAGAGGACAGAGAAGCUUCUGGCUGAGAUGCUUCCUCCUUCUGUGGCAGAAGCUCUGAAAACCGGUGCCUCCGUGGAGCCAGAGUACUUUGAUCAAGUCACCCUCUACUUCAGUGACAUUGUAGGCUUCACCACCAUCUCAUCCCUUAGUGACCCAAUUGAGGUUGUAGACCUGCUCAAUGACCUUUAUUCCCUAUUUGAUGCCGUACUUGGCAGCCACGAUGUCUACAAGGUUGAAACCAUUGGAGAUGCCUACAUGGUGGCCUCUGGGCUGCCGAAGAGGAACGGCAACAAGCAUGCAGCCGAGAUCGCCAACAUGUCCCUGAACAUUCUCAGCUCCGUGGGCUCCUUCAAGAUGCGGCACAUGCCAGAAGUUCCGGUCAGAAUACGGAUCGGCAUUCACUCAGGUCCGUGUGUUGCUGGAGUUGUGGGUCUAACUAUGCCUAGAUACUGCCUUUUUGGAGACACAGUCAACACCGCCUCUCGUAUGGAAUCUACAGGGUUGCCUUACAGAAUUCAUGUGAACAUUAGUACAGUCAAUAUUCUCCGCUCACUGAACGAUGGCUACAAAAUAGAAGUCCGAGGAAAGACUGAGCUUAAGGGGAAAGGCAUUGAAGAAACAUACUGGCUUGUAGGAAAGUCUAAUUUUACAAAGCCUUUGCCAAAACCACCAGAGAUCAAACCAGGAGAUAACUGGCAAGACAUGAUGACGGAGGAGAUCAAGUCAAUAUUUCGUAAGGCCAACAGACAAGUGGACAAGCCCAAAAUCUGAGAAGAACAAGGAUGUUAAAACUGACCAAGAAGGAAAGACACAUGACAAGUUGCAUGGGAGGGAAACAAUGGACAAUACAAGCAUGUGUGUUUCACUGCAGCUUACAAAGACUACUUUAAUAGGAUUGGUUGUCGUCUGUCUAAUCCGACUCUGCCCAGCGCAGCAGAAACAACAGCGCUAAUGAAAUGGCCUCUGAAGAACAUGUAGUCAGUGAAAGUAUAUUUCUUUCCCAGUGUCUAACACUGUCACACUUACUCUGUUUUGGUCACAGAGUGGCUCAGUGUGCGUCUCAUACCAAAGGCGACUUCACAUUUGGGUUUUUUUUUUCACAGAUGUUUCGCAUUUUGUGUUCUCACAUAUUUGUUACUCAUGGUGGAGCUUUAAUUGAUUUUCUUUGAUCUUCUCUAAGCAAAAAACUAUGUAGUGACAUAAUCAGAUUUGGCGAGGCUUAGUGGACAUCUGCUGCAAAGACCAAAUGGGAUAUUCUAGUGAUGUUUUAUGCAAAAGCCAGAUCGACUGAGGUUGGUUGGUAGCAAGUGAUUACAAAUGUAAGACUGCUGUACGUUGUCUCUUGACUCAUGAAAUCGUGAAAUAGGACUGUGUUUAUGCUGAGUAAGAAGUUGCUUAAGAGAAAUUACAAAAUGGAAUGCAAUAAUUCUGUGAAUUCUGGUCAUUUAUGCAAAGAUAUUUAUUUAUACUGUGCAGAAUAUUUAUUAGUUGUACUUGGAAAAACAUUUAGAAAACAGGGCAAAACUGAUACUGCUUUUAAAUUACAUAUAAAAUCAGACAAAUCGGUUUAAUAAAGGGUCCUGUCUCUCUCUGAUGAAGCACAUGUGCUUGUACUGGAUGUAAAGUGAAAUGUUUAAGAUGCUGUGCAGUUUAAGUUGUAUUAAACAUGUAGGCUGGGUUUGUCUGAGAGGGAUUGACUGCCUUACAUAAGCUGUUUAAAAUGAUAACUUGCAUUUUCUGUAAAUCAAACCUACCAGGCACAGCCUGAGUGGCAUUUUUAAUUAUAAUUUUUCUGACUGAUCUCAUUUUCUGGGAGUCAAUGUAAAGGCCUGUCAGAUCUCAACAGGCCUCUCUUUAAUAGUUCAGUUUUGCACUCCUGGCAUUUUUAAUUGUCUGUUAAACAUGUAUAUAAGUACUGUACUAUAUUAUACUAUAAUUGUUACAUUUCAUGAGCAAUUGUAUUAAUAAGGAUAGCAUUAGGAGACUUGAAACGUUAAAUUUUAUGCUAGCAAAAGACAAUGUUGUUCUGAUGCUUGGUACAGACAAUAACACAGUUGAACAAGUAAUUUUUUGCCAUGCCUUUUUGUUUCUUCUUGCAUUACAGGCUAUAAUGAAAGCUAAGUAACAGCCUCAGUAAACAAUAAUUUCCAUAAUUUCAAAACAGAUGAGUCACCUGAUUCAAGGUUUCUUAACAGUGUUAGGUGUUACACAAGAAAGCAGCUAGAAAAAUUGUUUAACUGUUUAAUUUAAUUUGAGUUGUUUAAUUGUUUAAGGCUACCGAUGUCAAUCAUAUCAGGUUUGAUAUUAGCUAUAUUUCGCAGCAUAUCAAGGCAAGUUUAACUCAUAGACUGUAUAAGGUUUAACUGUAACGUUUUGUUUUACAACACAAAGUACUUAAAAAACUUAGGCAUAUGUUGCAAACAAGUUGCUAAGUGAGGGCUAGGCCUAC